UGAAUGGUAUGGAUAAAGAAAAUAGGAAGCAUUUCUUAUCUCCAAACUUUGUGUCUGAUGUGGAAAAGAAGAGGGGUUCCUUAUCUCCAAAAUACAUAUGUGACAAUUUAUGGAAAUAUUUCAAAAAUACUCGGUUGUGCACAUAUGAACAGUUGUUCAUACCAAUAUGCAGGAAAAAUCAUUGGUAUUUAAUAAUUUUGAAUAUUCAUGCGAAAAGAAUCAAGUUAUUGGAUUCAUUAAUUGAUGGAAGGAAAAAACGGAUGGAUGCCUUCAUAGAGAAACUGGUGAACGUUUUGUCAACUGUCAUUGGGAUUCAAGAAAGAAGACCAUCAGUGGACAUGACAGAAUUUGAAUUUGUUGUUCCAGAAGUUGUCCAACAAUUGAAUCCAACAGAUUGUGGCAUAUUUGUAAUGAAGUUUAUGCAAUUAUGGAGUAACGAUGGAAUUUCUCGUGCAAUUACAAAUGUAUUAUAUUCUGUGAUUCAAAACAAAGAAGAGGGUUAG